UUUCUGUUAUUUAAACCAAAAACCACACAGAGCUGUGAAACCAUCAUUGUGUGUCCUUCAGCAGUGACCUGUGUUAGUUUACAUUAGUGUGACUCUUUCAGGUCAGACAAACAUUUAUACUGUGAUUAUUUAGAGAUUUAAACCAGAGUUACAGAAACAAUAUCCACAUGUUGAGAAAGACACGAGAAGAAAAUCAAAGAACACAGAGAGAAAAUAAAUAGAAAAAUAUGAUAAAGAGUAAUGUGGGUGGAAAGUUUCACCACAUUAAACCAAAUCUUUAAAUUUCCCUUUUCUGUUUUUUAUGAGUUCAUAAUGGAUAAUGCAUUUCCCCUUUUCCCCCUAACAGCAGGUAAACCCAGGGCCACACUGACUCCAGGAUCAACUAUCAUACCAGUAGGGGGCAGUGUGACUCUGACCUGCUCUGUGGGGAGCUCUGCUGGCUGGAAAUAUGAGUGGUUCAGACGUGACCCAAACACUGAAGUUCAAAUGAGAACAGAUGAUCAACAAAACGGAGUAAUCAGAGUAUCUCAAGGAGGAAUCUACCACUGCAGAGGAAGAAGAGGAAACCCAGUUUACUACACUGAUAAAAGUGAUGAUGUCACCAUUGAGAUAACCUUUUCCAAUAAGGUUGUUGUUAAAGGACGACCCAGCUGGCCUCAGAUAUUCAGCGGUGAGACGAUCAGUCUGACAUGUGAGGUGCAGGAAGGAGGUGAAACCACUGAGUGGGAGUAUAGAUGGAGAGGAGCCAACCAGACCACACAGUGGACUCACAAUAAUUACUGGAUAUUCAGAGUUUCUGAGUCCAGCAGUGGAGACUACAGGUGUAAGAGUCGACGCAGAGAUGACUCAUAUUCUUCAACAGAGUGGAGUGAAGCCUUCAACUUGUCAGCAUCAACAGGUAAACCCAGGGCCACACUGACUCCAGGAUCAACUAUCAUACCAGUAGGGGGCAGUGUGACUCUGACCUGCUCUGUGGGGAGCUCUGCUGGCUGGAAAUAUGAGUGGUUCAGACGUGACCCAAACACUGAAGUUCAAAUGAGAACAGAUGAUCAACAAAACGGAGUAAUCAGAGUAUCUCAAGGAGGAAUCUACCACUGCAGAGGAAGAAGAGGAAACCCAGUUUACUACACUGAUAAAAGUGAUGAUGUCACCAUUGAGAUAACCUUUUCCAAUAAGGUUGUUGUUAAAGGACGACCCAGCUGGCCUCAGAUAUUCAGCGGUGAGACGAUCAGUCUGACAUGUGAGGUGCAGGAAGGAGGUGAAACCACUGAGUGGGAGUAUAGAUGGAGAGGAGCCAACCAGACCACACAGUGGACUCACAAUAAUUACUGGAUAUUCAGAGUUUCUGAGUCCAGCAGUGGAGACUACACGUGUAAGAGUCGACGCAGAGAUGACUCAUAUUCUUCAACAGAGUGGAGUGAAGCCUUCAACUUGUCAGCAUCAAAUGCUGUGCUAACUGUUGAACCCAGCUCGACCAUGUUCAUCGGAGAGACUGUUAGCUUCAAAUGUGACAUGAAGGAAGGAAAACACACUGGCUGGGAAUACAAACUCAUGAAGGAUGGUCGAGCCUUUAUCCCGUACAACAGAUACAAAAAUUACAGAAAACAAAUGAAGUCUACAUCUGAUACUGGUAAAUACCAGUGCUCUGGUCAUAUGAAGAAAUCACAUUAUACAAAGAACAGUAAUACUGUCUCCCUGACUGUGCUGGCAGGUAAACCCAGGGCCACACUGACUCCAGGAUCAACUAUCAUACCAGUAGGGGGCAGUGUGACGCUGACCUGCUCUGUGGGGAGCUCUGCUGGCUGGAAAUAUGAGUGGUUCAGACGUGACCCAAACACUGACGUUCAAAUCAGAACAGAUGAUCAACAAAACGGAGUAAUCAGAGUAUCUCAAGGAGGAAUCUACUGCUGCAGAGGAAGAAGAGGAAACCCAGUUUACUACACUGAUAAAAGUGAUGAUGUCACCAUUGAGAUAACCUUUUCCAAUAAGGUUGUUGUUAAAGGACGACGCAGCUGGCCUCAGAUAUUCAGCGGUGAGACGAUCAGUCUGACAUGUGAGGUGCAGGAAGGAGGUGAAACCACUGAGUGAGAGUAUAGAUGGAGAGGACCCAAGCAGACCACACAGUGGACUCACAAUAAUUACUGGAUAUUCAAAGUUUCUGAGUCCAGCAGUGGAGACUACACGUGUAAGAGUCGACGCAGAGAUGACUCAUAUUCUUCAACAGAGUGGAGUGAAGCCUUCAACUUGUCAGCAUCAAGUAAGUGAUGUUUGUUGUUGAGCUUCAUUUUACAAACAUAAGAAGGAUCAGCACAGGAUUAAGUAAAUGUUCUAGAAAGCAAAUCAUAUUGUUUUUGUGAGACACAGAGAUUUUGUGAAGCCUGAGGCCUGUGAGGCCAACACUGACCUCCCUUUCAGGUCUGCCAUUCACAGGAGGAGCCAUAGGAGUUAAAUGCAAUGUGUGUCAAGAGGGGAUCAAGGGUGGAGACCUUGGCAGUAACAUCCCCAGCUCCUAGCUAUCAUUGCUGGCUGUUGUGUUAAGGAGUAUCAACUCUCUUAGAGGCAAAGUCAAAGGCAAAUGACUUAGGUAUCCAGUUCCCAGUUGCUGAAACUAGCAAUUACCUCCCUGGUGUGGAAGGAGGAAGAGCUAGUGCAUGAGUUUGACAGAUUGACAGAGCUACAGUUGGGCUCACCUCAAUCUGGAACAAGUCUCCUGGAGAAACUCUUGGGUUCUCUUUGGCAAGAGUUGCCAGACAGGGGUGGAUGUCCUAGUACCCUCGGCUUGCUGCAUGUGUUUGUGCUUUUUACCAGCGAAAGAGAGGAUUGCUUUCCACUGGGUUUGUCACGAUAUGCGGAGGCAGAUUGUGUGGAUUCUCUUAGGUGAGGACCCAAAUGCAGACCACAAAAGACAAAAACGGGAAGUAACAGAAAGUGUACCAUUUAUUAACUAAUCACCAGUCAGUUGUAAUUUGCAUCA